AGGGACAAACAGUAACAAAUGAACUAAUAUACUCAUAUCAUAAUUAACGAUUAUUGAACUUUUGAACUUGAUUUUCUCCCUGGUAAUCUGGAUCAUCGUGUUGUUUAUAUUUCUUGAACGUUGAAUAUUGAUAAGAUAGCCACAAAAUGAAGCGAGUUUAUAGCGCAGAGACAAUGUUUCCAGAUGGAAUGCGCCGCCACAACUACGCACUCUUCAAGCCGAGUACGCAAAAGCCGCUGGCUACUACAUCGAGCUCUUGUCCUGCUCCAUCUGUUGGGGCAGGUGUUGACGCUGAGAGACGUAGGGUGAUUCGUCCGGCUUCGCCGCAGCGUCCUGCUGGGAGUGAUAAAGAGGCUGCCGUGCGUAGAAAUGCGCAGCGAUUACUGGAGCCUAAUGCAGUUCGCUUCUGGGCAGGAGCAGGUGGAUGGGACAUCAGUGACGAGACGCCCCUACUGGACCAGACGUUGUUCGUCACGGACAGCGAUCAGGCACUAGCACAAUUUGUUGAGAAUGACUUCGUUCUUGAUGAAUCACUAUCACUUCAGCAGGAGUCACAGCAGGAACAGCAGCUGAUAGUAGAAAAGAGCAGUGCUUCAAGACCUAGUAGAGAUCUCCGGGAAGAAGUUUUGGUGGCAGAAAAUGAUACUAGAGGCAGCAUCCUCAAAAAGAGAGGAAGACCGAAGACAGCAGCUGACGAGGACGCGCAGUACUGGAGAUUAUGAGCGGGCUGCUCUAGAUUGUAGCUCCUAGUUGAUUGAAUAAUGAAACACUAAUGACACACUAGUGACGCACUAACGAUUCACUAAUGACGCAGUAAAUGCCUAGUAAAUGCUCACUCUUUCUAGCAGGAUGGUGGGGAUAUUGAGGAAAAAUAACGCGAGUAGGGGACUUCUAAUUAUUGAGAAAUACAGAAAGAUGGAAAAGAAGGAGAAAUAUUGGAGGAAAACAGUACUGGAAAUGCGAGAAGACAAGGCUGAUGAGCAGCACAAGCGAAAGAUUAGGCUGCAAAUGGCUUGCGCUCUAGCUGAUAGCAGCAUUGCAGUCAGAGCGUAUAGCAAAGAUGCGCUCUUGGUCGAAGACGCUGUGUGCAGGUCAAGCCUGGCAUCCUACAAGGCAGCUGUCGUUGAGCAGAUUUUCCAGCAAAAUCGAGCGUGGAUCAAAAUUACGCAGAGGACUUCAUAGCAUCUAGGUGAACAUACAUGCCCUAUGGUUAGCUUUAUUCUCCUUCUAACAGCCGCAUCCUCGAUCAAAUACCAGCGGACCAGCCGACUUUCAUGCGCAUGUUAUGUUGGGUGGUCCUAUCCUUUCUGUUUUUGUUCUUUGAUAUUUGAAAGCAAUUCAUAGAACAAGGCGCUGAGAUAGGGGACCUACGCUUCUAAUUCAGGGACAUGACGAGUUUUCUGCUCACUUCAAAAAGAUGGGGAACGUCACGUACAUUGUUGUUUAUACAGAAGCUAGCGCUGGUAGUCCAUUACCGUGCACUAAUGGAGUAAUAAUGACUCACUAAUGCCCACUAUCAGAUCACUAUUGACGCAGUAUUUGUCUGCUAAUAGAUUAGCUUUGUUCAUCACGCGGCCACUAAUAAGCUAGUAAUCUAGACGAUGUGCUCUAUAGGAGCGCUCAUAAAUGCAAAAACUACAAGUAAGCACUGGCUGGAUAGUUGUAGUAACGAUUUCCAUGAACGUAAUAUAUAUGCUUAUGGGUAACUAUUGAUCUACAGGGCGGUAAAUACCGACUCGCACGCUACCCAAAGCCGCAACUCAUCAGCGCAAAUAUAUUUGGUGAGCUUCUGGGUUCCUUCUCGAUUGCGGGAAAAAGUGGGCAUGGUCGCAGUGUCGGAGUUGAGAUACCUGUUAAGGCUCCUAGUCCAUCUGUUUUUUCUUGGUCAGUAAUUAAGGAGUUAGUAUAUCAACAGGUCUAUCCAUCUCUAUUCCGGGAGCGCUUCCUCCUCUUAUAUUGUUGCGAACUGCAUAUACUAGGCAGGAAGAACGGGCCAUCAGUGGCUGCGUCGAUGGUUGCUAUGUUUCAGGGCAUGGUGGACGACUUACUUUCAACCAUUCAGCGGGCAGCUUCAGGAGGUGAAUUGGCUGACACUCGUCCCGUCAUUGUGCGCUGCGUCGUCAGCGAUAACUUAGAUUAAGGCCUAAAACAUUUUAUUUCUGUUUUUUCAUUUCUCUUGGAAACUGAAGAAAUGAGUGCAAAACUGCUCUAAUUAGAAACAAACGCUUUAGCGGUUCGAAUGGCGCGCAACAGGAUCAAGAUAGCAGCUCAUAAAUGUGGAUGCCAGUACAUUGUUGUGUUAAGUCUGAGUCUCCCAUCAGAAAGCAGAGACCAUGACGGCAGCUACUAUCAAUUAUAGUAGCCUUGCCUACGUUUCUGGUCGCGGCUGGGUAGAAAGUCAAUGUAUCUCUAAUGGGAUACUUUGAAUGUUGUCCGCACAAGAUGAACUUGGUGUCAUCCUUCGUUACGGCAAGACUACUAGUCUUUUUCUACGUGUGUACGCGUUAGAAGUGUUCUUGAUUCAUAGGAAAAGUAAAAACAGGGGGCACUUCGAAUGCAUCAGCGUCAGCCUUUCUGCCUCUAAUAGCACCAUGAUGGGAAACGGCGCAGCCCUGGCAAAAAUGAGUUAAGGAUGAGAAGGCCUACGACGUUGGCAUAGUGUGGCUCUGUGUGAUGGAGCAUGCUCUGUUGUCACAGGUAUUUUAUAGAGAUGGCCUUAGUGCGUAUUCUUUUUCUAAAGCAUGGGCCAGAUGGAGCUGUGGGAGGGUGACGCCGCUGCCAAUGUAGACGUCGGGCGAGUGUGUAGUCUCUUGCACAAGUUCUUAUGGGUGGCAGAAAUUAAUUAUUUUUCUUUCCUUGUUUAUCUCAUCAGCCUAGAGCUUCAACUUGAUGGAACGAUGAGAAAAGCGAACAUCAUCAAGUUCGUAGAUUUCUACUCGUCUAACUGCGGUAGCGCCAAGCCAUGCAGACGUGUGGAAAGUAACACUGUUAUGGGGGAUGUUUAUUUUGGAACUGCAGCGGCAGGUAAGCAGUACCUGAAUAGAUGUAGAUCCCUAAACCGUGGGUGUACUCUAAAUUUGCGACAAGCACUAGCAGCUUUGGACUUGGGGGCACUCAGGCAGAAGCUGGAGCCAAUCCAAGAGUUAUACGAGUGUAUUAACCCAGAGAUAAUGGCUGCGAUAUCAGCGGAAGAUGUUGCAGAUUUUACACUACUGGCGGAGCGGAAAAUUAUAAAAGUAGACGAGCACCCAGUUACAACAAGGCUCAUUUAAUUCGUUUGCAGUACACUAAUGACCACUAGUCGUCUACUAGUCACUCACUAAAAGUCACUAGUCGCCUACUUACCAACGACUAAAAGCACAAUAAUGGUUCAGUAAUGGCACAAUAAUGGACCACUCGUGGAUCACUAAUGAAUCAGUAGUGUGUGAGUAGUGUAGUACUAAUAUCUAGUGAUGACUAGUACCCAUUUAAUAUUACUACUAAAAUAGUUACACGAUGUAGACUACCAAAGGAGCAGGAGCCACUUCAUUCCAACGCUACAGGUUUUACAAGUUUGGGCCUUGCUGUGAAGGACUUCUCAUGCACUUUCUUUAAGGCCUAUCAUCAUGUAAGUCUGAGCAUCAGCGCCUCUGUAAGCACUGCUUUUUUCUCUUAGUUUGGUAAAUGAAAAAAGCAGUCAUCUACUAGCUGUUGAUUAUCAUCUUGGCUGCGAUAUCUAAUGGCUGA